AUAAGGCCGUCGUCGCAGCUCUCCUCAGAGAGAGCGUAAAGGACACCGACCUUCAUCGGUCAUCGCCACAGCAUUCGAUACAUUUCUCGAGUUCUCUUGCGCACAUGGCUGCCGUGGCGUCCCAGCUCGUUCGCGAAUGGACGGGGAUUCAACAGUUUCCGGCCGCCACUCAGACCAAGUUGCUCGAACUGCUCGGCAAACUCAAGCAGGAGAACGUCAGCACCUUGACAAUCCUGGUGAUGGGGAAGGGAGGCGUCGGAAAAUCGUCCACUGUUAAUUCAAUUAUAGGGGAGAGGGCUGUUGCCGUCAGCGCUUUUCAGCCAGAAACUCCAAGACCUGUGAUGGUUUCACGGUCGAGGGCUGGUUUUACGCUCAAUGUCAUCGACACUCCUGGGCUCAUCGAAGGGGGAUAUGUUAAUGACCAGACUCUUGAGAAUAUCAAGCGCUUCCUUAAGAACAAGACCAUAGACAUUCUCCUCUAUGUGGACCGAUUGGAUUCAUAUAGGGUGGAUAACUUGGACAAGCAGAUCGUUAAGGCCGUUACGGAGAGUUUUGGUAAAGAUAUAUGGAAAAGAGCCUUGGUUGUCCUAACACAUGCUCAGCUCUCGCCACCUGAUGGCCUGGAAUAUGAUGUUUUCUUCACUACAAGAUCAGAGGCCCUUCUUAAGGUUGUUCGAUCUGGAGCCAAGAUAAAGAAGCAAGAUACUUGGGGCGACGCCAUUCCUGUUGCCUUGGUUGAGAACAGUGGGAGAUGUAAGAAGAAUGAAAACAAUGAAAAGGUUCUUCCCUGUGGAACAGCUUGGAUUCCCAAUUUAGUUAGAACAAUCGCAGAGGUCGCGUUAAAUGGAAGCAAAGCUAUAUUAGUAAACAAGAAGCUGAUUGAAGGGCCAAACCCCAAUAGGAGAUGGAAAGAAUUUAUACCAUUAAUUUUUGCAUUCCAACACUUCUUCAUCAUUAAACCUCUACAACGGGCAAUCAAGAAUGAUAUGGCAAGGGAGACAAGACCAGCAUGGGAGCUGAGGGACGCUGGGUUGUCUAGUCGAAAGUUGUAAUCAACUAUAAUGAUCACUGUGCAGACUGGAAUGCAGUAGAAUGAUGGUUAAGUUCAAUAGAAGAUGGAACUCGAUCAAGCAAAAACUGUCACGUCUUACAUGACUAGCUCGACAUGUAUGCUCGCACACAUGAGGGCACCCAGCCAGUAUUCACAAUGAGGCUGUCAGUGGGUUUUAACCAGGUGGCUAAUUCUGUGAUGUUUCUCUGAGUUGUGGGACAAAACUAAACAUUAUCAGAUACCCCUGGUUUUG